GGUGACUCCUGGGAUUAAAAAAAACAAAACAUUAUCUUCUCUACAGUGUUCAGUACUUUGAUUAGUCGUUUAACCGUUUAUGGUCCAUGUUUUCCGACAGAACUUGAAGGCAACACCAGGAGCUCAUCUGUUGGACAGGGAAACUAAUCAGGAGCCAAGUAAAGACUUUUCAGUACUGCUAGCUAGUAGGCUAGCCAGCGCUUAAAGUCAGCCGUCCAGACAACUAGGGAGUGUAGACUUUGUUUAUGAAGUACAGUGUCUCUGUACGACUUACAACAGUCGAGCGAUGUUUUAGAAAACACAAUUUUGUAGCGCUUAAAGUAGCAAGGCGGAAAGCCUUUGGUCGGCUGAAGCUUGCGGCUAGCUCAUUAACGUUAGCUGGGAAAGAAGUGCAAGUGGAGGCGAGAAAAUGGAGCUGGACGAAGUAGUCCUGUAUCAGGACGACUCGGGCAACUCUGCCAUGAUGUCCGAGCGGGUCUCAGGUUUGGCCAGCUCAAUAUACCGGGAGUUUGAACGGCUAAUCGAAAAAUACGACGAGGACGUGGUGAAAGAGCUGAUGCCGCUGGUCGUUGCCGUGCUGGAGAACUUGGACUCGGUGUUCGCUGUCAACCAGGAGCACGAAGUGGAGCUGGAGCUGCUGAAGGAGGACAACGAGCAGCUCGUUACCCAGUACGAACGGGAGAAGGCACUGAGAAAACACGCGGAAGAGAGGUACAUCGUCUUCGAAGACUCCCAGGACGGCGAGAAGAAAGACCUCCAGUGUCGACUGGUGAUGCUUGAGUCUCACACACGUCAUCUAGAGCUAAAAACUAAAAACUAUGCAGAUCAGAUUAGCAGACUUGAGGAGAGGGAGGCAGAACUCAAAAAGGAGUAUAAUGCCCUUCAUCAGAGACACACUGAGAUGAUCCACAGCUACAUGGAGCACUUAGAGCGGAGUAAACACCAACAUGCAGUGACACCAGCAGAGCCCUCAGAUACGGGCACAUCAGCCAGAACAAGGAAGGAGCGUCCCAUCUCCAUGGGCAUUUUCCAACUUCCCGGGACUGAUGGUAUGACCCCUGACCUCCAGAGGGAACCUGUGGAUACCCCGUCUGAACCAUGGAGAUUCAACAACCUUAGCCAUCCACGGUCCAACACCAGCCUGAAGUUUGAGGAACGCUUCUCCCCAAUCAGAGUGGAAGGUGAAAAUUCGCAGGAAAAUUUGCCCAAUAAGGAGGCUGAUCAGGAACAGGAUGAAUUGGCCGGUGCAAACCGUGGAGGCUCCAAAUCCAGUACUCCAAACAACCAGGGAAGUGUCUCCAAAAGUGGAGCUCCAGCAUCUUUACAAGGUGAAGGAUCCAAAUCCAAUACCCCCAUGUCCUCUCAGGGUGGUUCCUCUAAAUCAAACACCCCCACAUCUACUUGCACAUCACUAUCUCCUCAUGCUGGCGCGUCCACCGGUAUAAGUCCUAUGUCCAGUCUGGGUGGUGGGCCUGCCUCUGCUACACCUCUGUCUACUGCUGCUUCAGAUGUGUGCAUGGAGUCUUUGGACACUCCUGUCCAGGAACAGGAAGCUUCAGAUGGGCUCAACAAGAACCUGGACUGGAACAGUGGAAAGCCAGAGAGCAAUAAGAACAUCGCAGCGGUGCAGGAAGGACAGCAGGGUCAGCCUGAACAUGGCAGUCAGGAGUCUGCUUCUACACCCCUCAAAGGUGAAGGAGAUGGAGCAGACAACCUGGACAAGUCUGAGGUUCAGGCUAUCAUAGAAUCCACUCCUGAACUGGACAUGGACCUUGACAGCUGCAGAGGAACAAGCACACCAACUAAAGGUGGUGUCGAGAAUCUAGCAUUCAACCGUAACACUGAGUCUCUGUUUGAGGAGCUGUCGUCUGCAGGAAAUGACCUGAUAGGAGACGUGGACGAAGGCGCUGACCUGCUUGGUAUGGGUCGGGAAGUUGAACAUCUUAUCCAUGAGAACACCCAGCUGCUGGAGACCAAAAACGCUUUGAAUGUGGUGAAAAACGACCUGAUAGCGCGCGUGGACGAACUGUCCUGUGAGAAGGAGGUUCUUCGAGGAGAGCUGGAUGCAGUCACUCAGGCCAAGACCAAUCUGGAGGAGAAGAACAAAGAAUUAGAAGAAGAACUCAAGAAGAUUCGAGCAGAGCUAGAGGAAGCCAAACAGAAAGUCAAGAAUGAAAAUGAGGAGGAUAGUGAUGUGCCUACAGCGCAGAGGAAGCGCUUCACCAGGGUGGAGAUGGCCAGGGUCCUGAUGGAGAGGAACCAGUAUAAGGAGAGGCUGAUGGAGCUGCAGGAGGCGGUCAGAUGGACAGAAAUGAUCCGGGCUUCAAAGGAGAAUCCAGCUCUUCCAGAGAAGAAGAAAUCCAGCCUCUGGCAGUUGAGUUUCAGCCGUUUGUUCAGCUCGUCGGGCGGAGCAGCCAAGAAGCCAGCGGUGGAGGCCCCGGUGAACGUCAAGUACAAUGCACCCACCUCUCAGAUUCAGCCGUCCGUCAAGAAGAGGAGCAGCGCCCUGCAGCAGCUGCCCAGUGACAAGAGCAAAGCCUUUGAUUUUCUCAAUGAGGAAGUGGCAGCUGACAAUGUGGUGUCCAGGCGAGAACAGAAGAGAGCACAGUACCAGCAGGUCAAAGCCCACGUCCAGAAGGAGGACAGCAGAGUGCAGGCUUACGGCUGGAGCCUGCCCAAGAAGUACAAAGCCAAUGGAGGUCAGGCCGAGAGUAAGAUGAAGAAUCUACCUGUUCCUGUCUUCCUCAGACCACUGGAUGAGAAAGAUGCUUCUAUGAAGCUGUGGUGUGCUGCUGGUGUGAAUCUCUCUGGAGGUAAAACCAGAGACGGAGGUUCGAUCGUAGGAGCCAGUGUGUUCUACAGUGAUGUGCCUGGACCAGAGAGCCCUAAAAAGAAGAUAGGGUCUCAGAGCAGCCUGGACAAACUGGACCAAGAACUCAAGGAUCAGCAGAAGGAGUUGCGGCAGCAGGAAGAGUUAUCAUCGCUGGUGUGGAUCUGUACCAGCACCCAGUCAACCACUAAAGCUGUUGUCAUUGAUGCCAACCAGCCUGGAAACAUCCUGGAGAGCUUCUUUGUUUGUAACUCCCAUGUCUACUGCAUUGCCAGUGUACCAGGUGCUAGAGAGACGGACUACCCAGCUGGGGAGGAAGUACCUCCAAACUCUGAGGCAGGACCAGCGGGAGAUGGCAGCUCGUCAGCAACCAACAGCAGCCCAGAAGGUGGCGACGGCGUGCUUGGAGGCAUCACUGUUGUGGGUUGUGCAGCUGAAGGAACAGCAGCUGUUCCUCAGACAGCAGGCAGUCCAGGAAAAGACGAAGAAACUGAAUCCAGACCAGCAGAAGAAGCCACCGAGGCGACCGAGGCCAGCGCAGGGCUUGCUGACCAAAGAGAAACCCUGAGAGGAGUUUACACUGAGCACGUCUUCACUGAUCCACUGGGAGCUCAGCAGACAGCAGAGACUCCAGCCAACUACUCUCAGAGGGAGAGUGAUCUGUUGAAAGAUGGUGUAAGUUCAAACCCCACUGCUGAGGAGCAGGACCUGAUGAUAGAGGAGGCUCAGAAGAUGAGCAGCGUUCUGCCCACCAUGUGGCUGGGGGCACAGAAUGGAUGCGUGUACGUACACUCCUCUGUGGCUCAGUGGAAGAAGUGUCUCCAUUCUAUAAAGCUGAAGGACUCUGUGCUCGGCAUAGUGCAUGUGAAAGGGCGUGUACUGGUCGGUCUCUCUGACGGCACUUUAGCCAUAUUCCACAGAGGAGUGGAUGGACAGUGGGACCUGACAAACUACCACCUGUUAGACUUGGGGAGACCACACCACUCCAUCCGCUGUAUGACUGUAGUACAUGACAAGGUGUGGUGUGGCUACAGGAACAAGAUCUAUGUGGUGCAGCCCAAAGCCAUGAAGAUAGAGAAGUCAUUUGAUGCCCACCCUCGUAAAGACAGUCAGGUACGCCAGCUGGCCUGGGACGGUGAUGGUAUCUGGGUGUCCAUCAGGCUGGACUCCACUCUCAGGCUGUUCCACGCUCAUACCUACCAGCAUCUCCAGGACGUCGACAUCGAGCCCUACGUCAGCAAGAUGCUGGGUACGGGGAAACUGGGCUUCUCGUUUGUGCGGAUCACAGCUCUUAUGGUGUCAUGUAAUCGUCUGUGGAUCGGCACUGGAAAUGGAGUCAUCAUCUCCAUCCCUCUAACAGAGAUAAACAAGGCAACCAAGGCAGCAGGUAACCAACCAGGAAGUGUAGUUCGCGUCUACGGUGACGACAGCGGUGACAAAGUGACAGCCGGGACAUUCGUUCCAUACUGCUCCAUGGCUCACGCUCAGCUCUGUUUCCAUGGCCACCGGGAUGCUGUCAAGUUCUUCACUGCUGUACCAGGUCAUGCAGUUCCAUCUGUGUCCUGUGGAGGAGAGGCAGCAGGUGACAAGGCAACAGAUGCCUCAUCUCAGGAAGGAACCAAGUCUAUGUUGGUGAUGAGUGGAGGAGAAGGUUACAUAGACUUUAGAAUGGGUGAUGAGGACGGCGAGGCAGAGGAAGGAGAGGACCCCCCUAUGAAACUGCAGGCUAAAGCCGAGCGCAGCCACCUUAUCGUCUGGCAGGUCCUGGUCAACGAGGACUGAACUCUGACAGACCCCUGAAGCCUGAUUUGCCUUUUCUCUCAAACCCGCUGCCACGGAGGAGGAGUUCAGGUGGACAACUCCCCUCUGCAGGCACGAGUUGAAUCAGCACUUUUUUCCUCCUCAAACCUGAGCGAUAAGUGUGAAACAAGCAAAAACUGCUCUGAGAGCUUUUUCUCAGUGGUAAACUGGACUGGAGCAGUGCAAACAGAUUCACACAAACUGCAUGCUAUUGUUUUAUCAUGACUUGUUUUCUCUUUUUUAUUUUUUAUUUUAUGGAUUUGAAUAACAAUCUGUUCUCUUUUAAUAUUAUUUGAGGUAAAGCUGUUUUCGAGAACACAACCAAUACUUUGCAUUUGUUAUAUUUGCUCAGCAAAUACACCCAGUUUUCCUCCUGACAUCUCCAGGCUCCCUCCACUCGGUCCAGUUGCUGUGUGCUGAUGCUGGACUCAGUUGAUGUUAAAUCAGUUGUUCAAAACGGAAGAUAAUCACCUCUGAGUUCCCUUGUUGCCCUUUAAUAAUGUAAAACUGGGGCAAUCAUGUGUGGGAGCCAAUCAUGUGGGAUUAUUGGUGAAUCCCAAAUCAUAUUUCAUGUUGAUUUUUGUUUUUCAUCCUUUGAGAACUUGGCUUUUGACUGUAUGCAAGUUUAAUCAAUCGCCAGUUGUCUUCGGGUCAGGAUUUGUUUAAGUCAAAUGCAACACAUCGUAUUUCAUCUGGUUUGGUAUCUGUUUGAGCAGAGGAUGGACCUGGAUUUACCUAGCUAUUCAAGAUGUAACGGUUGUAGUCCCAGUUUCUGCCUCUCAUGGAUUACCCCUGAAUUUGAGUUACAGAGCUGAGCAUCGAUUUUACGAAAAAAUACCCAGCAAUCUUUGAAAAAUAUAGAAGUUUAUUUAACAUGUCUGACCUGUUCUGAAGAUAUUUCCAGAAUCUUGAAACAAAAAAGAGUCUAAAAGGGAUUUUUAAUUUUGAUUCUAGAUUUAGGUUUUUCCUAAUCCAACAGAAAUGGUAGCUGGAAAGGACAUAUCUCCUUGCUCAGUUUCUACAACAUCAACCAAAAUUAAAAAUGGUACUAUAAAUUAUAUAUGUUGAUAUAGUUUUUUCUUUCCAAUGUUUAAUAUGUUCAUAGAGAACAAGUGCUUAUCUUUUGCAAAAAGAGCAAGGAUGUGUCAUUUCUGGCUACUUGAAUCAGGAAAUACAGCUGCAACUUGAGAGAUGGGUUAAAAAGAGUUUUUCUCAUGCAACAGAUGGAUUUUUUUUAAUUAUCCAGAUUGUUCAAAGAUUCUUUGAGGAUUCUGCAGGAAGGGUUUGGCUUUUAAGCCAGGCUGGCUGCAUGGGUAUCGAUGGGUACAAUAUCUCAACAACUACUGGAUGGAUAUUCAUGGUCCCCAGAGAAUGAAGCCUACUGACUUAUGGGAUUGUCUGACUUUUCUUCUAGCGCCACCAAGAGAUUGACUUUUUAGUGUUAUUUUUGAUUGAUAUAACUCACUGACUAUUGGAUAGUUUGCUCUGAAACAUACACACACAUUCAUGGUCCAGAGUGGACGAAUUGUAAAAACUUGCUCCUUUGACUUUUCAUCCAGCAAUAUCAUCAGGUCAAAAAUUAAAUUUGUCCAAUAUUUUGGUUUAUGACCAAAUGUCCCAUUCGUAGAAAAACUGCUCGCAUACUGACAAAAAUUUAAAAGAGGCACUGAAGAUGCAGAAAGAUUACAUUUAUUUCAUAUGUAAAAAGUGACAGUGUGAAAAAAUGCAUCACAUUACACAUGAAUAUAUGUACUCUCUCCCUUUUAUGAAUGGGACUUUUAAUUUUACGCACCUGAUGUUAUCCUUUGAAAAGCCUGGAUUCAAGAGCACAAUCCCUGUUACUAUCAUUUGUGACUGAAUACCUGCAAAGCUAAUGACAUUCCCAUCAGCCUCUGCUGUACUUGGUGCUCAGUGCUAAUUGGCAAAUGGUAGCAUGCUAACACCCUAAACUAAGAUGGGGAACAUUGUAAACAUUGUGCCUGCUAAACAUCAACAUGCUGGAUUGUCACUGUGAGCAUGUUAGCACGCUGACUUUUAGCUCAGAGCUACCUGAGUACGGUGGUAUAGCUGUAGACGGCGUGUCUUGUUCAGACAUGACCAGGCUUUUUUUUUCUUUUCUUUUUUUUUCUUCUUUUUCUUAAAAUCAAUUGCUCUGCAACUUGAUUUAAUGGUAAUACAUGAGAAGCACAAACUGGGGCUACGGUAUAGGUAGCAGUUACCUUUUUAACUCUGUGACAAAAAUUCUAUUGACAAAACCAUUAAUUAUGAAAUGAAAGGCAGCUGCUGCUGUAUCAGACUGUAUACCACUUCAUACCGUUAAUCCUCCCUUCAAAUAGGCUUAUAGACCAUACACUUGUAUUUAAUACUAGACAUGUGGAUGCGGUCAGCCCUCUGCUCUCCAUCUACCCACCAGCUCCAGCUAGUAGAUGCUUAAAAUUUGCCUUAGGUAUCAAGGUUUGAAAGGACUGAGUUACAGGCUUUUCAGGUGUGACAAGAGUAUUUAUUUUUCUUGAAAGAAUGUUACGUUUGCUACCAAAGGUUAAAGAAUUAAAGAUCGAUAGUUUGCCACAUGCUGAAACAAUAAGUGUCUCAUCUAACACAGCACCUUUCAGCAGUAUAGUCGGUCUCCGUGUAGAUAACAUGCAGGUUUUCGUAACAGAAAUCCAGGUGUAUAGAUGAGAUAUAUUUUUAGACUUUCAUAUUUGGAAAUGGAAAUAUUUUCAGGGUGUGAGAGAAGAGAACGUUUUUGGAACUGUUACUAUGAGAGGAGAAAACAAGCAGUCACAAGGAUGACAUAACCCGCCUCUGAUCCUGAUCGUGGCAUUUAGAGGUCGAAUCUCGAACACUGACAUUUUUGGUUUGGUAGCGCUGUGCUCCCCUCUCCGUUCAAAACAAUGUUUAUUUGAAAUUCUCAGUGAUAUCCCCUCCUGAUGGCAAACCUAUUAUUUCAGAAAAGGUUUUAAGUCUAUUUUUAUGUUCUUUGUCUUUUAGACUGUCGUCUCUCCAGACUGUAUUUCUGGCCUCUGUGUACCAGUACACUGCACUGGUAUGUUCUUUGUUUUGUCCUCUUUGUAUUGAACAGUAUCAGACGAGGCCUGUCCUCCUCAUUGUGUGUGUGUGUGUGUGUGUGUGUGUGUGUGUGUGUGUGCCUCUUCUCUCCAGGAGAGGAGAGAACAAUUAUUGCAGUUUAGCCAUUUCAGUAUUUAUUUACAAUGAUUGAGCCUUUGCAAAUCAGAAUGUAUCUUUGUACAUUGAAUAUGAAUAUAUAUAUGAUUAUAUAUGUAUGAACUAUAAAAAUGGCUUGGGUUUAUUGUUUUGACAACAGUUGUUGCUGUUGGAAUGAUGAAUUUUGUUUUGUAGGGGGUCACUUACUCAGCUAUGCACUAUUUCUCUGAGAGUGUGGGGGUUUGCUUCAGGCCUGUUUUUUGUCGGACACCCUGCAGCCUGUCCACAGACACUGACACAAUCAGUUUCCAUCUCCAAUGCAGGACAAAAAGUCAUGAAAGUCAUGAGUCAAUGAAUCGGUAACUUCAUCCCCUCGCAACAUGAUAGAGGAAACUUUCUCGCCCUACCCUGCAGGCCUGUGUCAUCCCUCUCAUGCAUAUGCUUGUCAUUAACUUGGCAGGAACUCCCUCUGUUCCAAGUUAUCAGUACACACACACACUAUUUUGUACUUCUACAGCAUCUCUAGCCUUACUUAUUUUUAACAUUCAAUUAAAGCAACUUUUGUGGGCAAAUUUUGUCUGCCUGUUAUAUUUGUGAUGCACUUUGGGAGGUGAGCCUUUGUAGAAAUAUGUUUACCAACAUGCAGAGGCGCUGCAAGGUUGAUAUCAAGGAAAAACACAGUUGCUAAUAACAUUUGCACAGUAUUGGACAGAUGUGACCCCAUGUGUCUUGUCUUUUUUUACAGG